ACGCUUAUCAUCAGCCAAUCAGAACACCUGUAACUCCUUUUUCGAAUUUAGUCGGCGUUAAGCUAACCUCUCAGAAAUGGCUCUCCGGUUGCCACCUGCACCCUUCCGCCACCACUCCGCCACUCAAUCGUUGACGAUGAAGACUCAAUUCCUCACUACAUCAGCUUCCUCCCCUCGCCUUCCUAAGUUCUCCGUCCGGAAUGUCUCUUCCGACACCUCGCGCAAGCUAGUAAUGAAGGUGAAAGAGAAGCUCGAGAAAGAUCAUACCAGUCUCCCUACAGGAAAAAACGGAAGAGAUGAUGAGGAGUUGAUUCUAUGGUUCUUAAAAGACCGAAAAUUUUCAGUAGAAGAAGCUAUUUCUAAACUCACUAAAGCAAUUAAAUGGAGACACGAAUUUCGUGUGUCAGAUCUGACAGAAGAAUCAGUAAGAAGAGUAGCUGCAACUGGAAAAUCUUAUGUUCAUGAUUCACUUGAUGUCAAUGGUAGACCGGUUUUAGUAGUAGUUCCAUCAAAACAUAUCCCAGAGAUGUUUGAUCGAUUAGAGGAUGAGAGAUUAUGUGUGUUUCUGUUAGAGAAGGCAUUAAGUAGACUUCCGGAAGGAAAAGAAGAAAUUCUUGGAAUAUUCGAUCUUCGUGGCUUUGGUACACAAAAUGCUGAUCUUAAAUUCUUGACAUUCUUGUUUGAUGUGUUGUAUUACUAUUACCCUCGGAGGCUAGGCCAAGUUCUAUUCGUUGAUGCUCCCUUCAUUUUUCAGCCAAUUUGGCAACUCGCCAAACCCUUAGUCAAACAUUAUGCUUCUCUGGUGAGAUUUUGCUCGGUGGAGGAUGUGAGAAAGGAGUAUUUUACAGACUCCACAGUUCCCCUAAGCUUUAGGAAAUGAAAAAUCCCCCACCCCCACAAAAAAGAAAAAAAAAAAGAAAAAGGAAAAAGAAGGCAAAAUGAGUAGGGUAUAAGCUAUUUACUCGAUUUAUUUGUUGAAACACAUUGAAUAUACACACACAUAUACAUAUAUACACAAAUAUGUACAUUCUCUUUUCUGAUAGAGUUCUACAUGAAGAGUGAAUUUUUGUACUUCUAUGGUGUUCGAGGUUUAAAGUUCAAUAAAACACAAUUUUAUUUUCGGGUGUGAA